UAGAGCCUCCAAAAGCGUUUUGUGACGCAGAGUGAAGCUGCAAAAUUAGCAAAGUUUUCUAUAAAUUCAAAAACGUUUUAAAUUUGGUCGAAUCCAAUCGUUUUGUUUUUCGAGUAUGUCGCAAUGCACACUUGAUGACGAUUUUAUUAUCAGCGAAGUCUACGCACGGCCUGAACUGUGGGAUAAGUCGUUAGGUGUAAGUCGCAAACUAAGGGUUGUUAAUAAGAUCUGGAGAAAUUUAGCCCAAAAACAUGAAGUGCCAGAGGAAGUACUCAAAAAACGUUGGAGAUUUUUGCGGGACGCGUUUUCGUCGAACCUUCUUAACAUACCGAAGUCAGUUUUGCAAAGUUCCUCAGACCGACUGGAUUAUGAAAAAUAUGUUACCUGGCCACUGUUCGGAUCGAUGUUGUUUCUGAAAGAUCACAUUGGGAAGCGAGGACCGAAUUGGAACAUUUGGCAGCGAGCGGUUGCAGCAAUUGAGCAGGACGAAACAAGCUUUGAUGGCUUUUCGCCGGAACAACCGGAAACAUCAAGUAAACAACCGGAAACAUAUAGCACUGAAUCGGAAACAUCAAACAAACAACCAGAAAAACAAAGGAGACAAUCAAAAACAUCAAGCAACAAAACGGAAACAUAUAGCAAACCACCGGAAACAUCAAGGAAGAGGACCGCUGAUCGGUUGCCGGAUGAAGAUGAUCAUUUCGUCUCGAGUCUGUUGUCCCAUUUGCGACGAAUCAACCCUGCACAGAAGCUACUUUGUCGGAUGGAAAUUCAGAGGGUGGUCAACGAGUAUGCCUAUGGACAGAUCCGGCUUCCGCAAACGCGUUUGGAUCUCGAUGGUUUGGUCCGUGACACAUGCGAGGGUCUGAGCGAAGAAUAUUUUACCGAGGAGGUCAGUUCCUUGUGAUAGGCCUCAUCCUGUUGAAUCCUUUUUUUUAACGCCGAAUUUUGAAAAGCCUAUGGGUACCAAACUUAAUUGAACUUCAAAAUUUUGCACGCGAACCAAUGCUUCAAAGUUCUGGUAAUGAGCAUUAGCAAAAAAUGUCUCACAUUUGAGGUGAGCUAAGCCGAGAAUGUUUGGUUCGUAAGAUGAAUUUCUAGAUAAAAACAUUUAUCUUAGAAACACUCUAGGUUUACCCAAAGCUAGGGACAAUCCUCUAGCCCGGUCCGCAACGCGAAGCGUAAGGACCAUACGUCGUUUUAGUUCGAACGCGAAGCGUGAGGAGGCUUCCUGGAAAUUUUGAUAAAUAAUUUUAGGACGGCCCCGUCUUCCUAGGUUUAUUAAAAACCCUAGGAAGGCCCCGUGUUUCUAGGUUUACCCAAUGCUAGGGACAAUCCCUUAGCCCGGUCCGCAACGCGAAGCGAAGCGUAAGGACCAUACAUCAUUUUAGUUCGAACGCGAAGCGUGAGGAGGCUUCCUCGAAAUGUUGAUCCAUUAUUUUAGGAUGGCCCCGUCUUCAUGCCCAAAGUAAAUGCAAUAUUUUAUGCCAAAUGACCGUUAUGCCAAACGGCCAUUAUGCCAAAUGACUAUUAUGCCAAACGGCCAUUAUGCCAAACGGCUUUAUGCCAAACGGCGUUAUGCCAAACGGCUUUAUGCCAAAUGACUUUAUGCCAAUCGGUAUACAAUCAUAUUUUGUCAGUCAAACAUCACUGUUAAUAAAAAAAAAAUCAUCUAUUUUGUUUUACUCUUAUCCUAGUAUGUCGGUGCAAAAAUGUGACCUAGCCAAUUUUACAUUAAAAACUGUUGUCUUGUUAUUAUUUUUUUUCUUACUUUUCUUGAUAAAAAAGUGUAAUAUGUGUAAGCAUUGCUCUCGGUUAAAACCUAUUUUUUAGGUAUUUUGUUUAAUUUUCAUUGGAAAUGCAUUAAUAGUUGUUUAUUUCAAUUGCGAAGUAAAAUAGCCAAAGCGAAUAUCUCAUUAGAAUAGAUUCAGCAAACAAAUCUUUUUAAAAUUUAGGUAAUUUUAGUGGCAUAUUUCAUAAUUUUCAAGAAGACGUUGCUUUCCGAUUCAUGGAACCAGUUUUUGUUUAACUUGGAAUUAGUUUAUUAAGAAAUUUGUUCUAAAAAUUUUUCUAUUUUAUUUUUUUUUCAAAUUGUUGUUACUUAUUAUUACUUUUUUUUAUCCAUAUAAUUUAAUACCAUUUCUUUUCAGAUCUUCAGGUAAUAUUUUAUGAUACACAUGUAUUAUUUUCUUUAUACAUACUUUUAUACAUAUAUAAAUUUGCAUAUUGGGGAUUGGGAACUAGAGGGAAUGCAUCUGGGGAUAACCUAAAGAACUAUUACAAGCGGAGUGGUAGCCAACCAUUGUAGGUUUCUUAAGGUUGGAUGCCUUCCCUUGACGAACCAUCGGCCGUGGAAGCCUUAGGGCCAACCACACAGACAUAGGCAGGACCUUGCUACCGAUGGGGGAACCAUACAUACAUACAUACAUACAUACAAAAACAUUUAUCUUAGAAACAUGGGACAUGAGGCCAUAUAGAGAGAGAUGUACUUUUUUAAUAUCAAGCAACGAUAUAUAAUUUGCAAUUUUAGUGCUUAUUCUGCUCAUCUCAUGAGAGCUAUGUUUCAAAAGACGGAAAUCUACAAUAAACGUGAUUAUAUUUACAAUUCUGUGUACAACACAUUGUUCGGACAUUUUGAAAAUAUCACUUUUAUUUAAAAUUGUCUUUAAAAUAUAUUUAAUUGUCCUGAUUUUCGAAAAAAAAAUCUUAAUUAUAAUUGAAUUUUAAGCUGAAUUAUCAGGACAUCGAAUAAAUCUGUAAUAGUAUAGUAAAAUUCAUUUACCCGAUGAUUAUAUUUGGUUAAAAUAAUAUCUAAAUGGAGUUUUCCAGAUAAAUUGCAUUCGCGUCGAGACUCUGCUGAUCUCAUAAAUUGCAUAAAUUAAGGCGAUUACAGUACCUGUAUUUCGCCUUUAUUUAUGCAAUUUAAGCAGAAAAAGUUAGUGUCCGGAAAUAUCCUGCGAUUUUUUCUUCAUGGUGUCCUGAUUUUUGACAAAACCACCAGGCAUCUCUGGGGGUGUCAGGUGUCCUGAUUUUUCAGGAUUUGUCCUGAUUUUCGAGAGACCGUCCUGAUUUUUCAAAAACGCUUGAAUUGUCCUGAUUUUUGAAAAAUGACCUUAAAAAUGUCCUGAUGUUUCCUGAUUUGUCCUGUCCGAAAAUCAGGACAAAUCCUGAAAAAUCAGGACACCUGCCACCCCUGUUGUUUACAUUUUUCAAAAAGUUCGAAACAAAACCUAAAAGUUACUCUGUAAUUUUCUCUGCUUCCAAUACCCCUUGGCCAGCUAUCAGAGGUUAAGCCAAAUAGAUGUAGGAAACUUUAAAAAAAAACCUAAAAGUUAUCCUACCACAAUCUGUCUCAGGAAAUACUCUAUAUAUGAAAUUAUAGUGCCUUUCAAAAUCUGUGUCCGACCAAACAACAUCUGGACGAAAGGUCAAAAGCGUCAAAAGUCUAUGUAUUUAAGACAAAUCUGGGCACCUGGCAACCCAGUGAGCAAUACGGGCAAAACAUGUAUUACUGGCAUCCCUGUUAAGAUCAAAACAAAACCCGCUCCAGAAGCGUUUCGCGACGCGAAAAAAAGCCGAAAAUUUCGCGAUUUUUUUGUUCUAUACACAUUUUAAAUCGUUUUAAUAUUUUAAUCCAUUCGAAACCAAGUAAUUGUUAUUGUGAUUUUUAUUUACGAAAACCUUUAAGUUACAAUAAGAACCUAAUUACUAGGUCAAGGAAGAUUAAAUUUCGUUUUUCGAGCAUGUCGGAUGUUUAUGAACUUAAUGACGAUUUUAUUAUCCACGAGGUCUACGCACGGCCUGAACUGUGGAAUAAAAAGUUGGGAAUAAAUUACAAUAAGAAUAGGGCCUGGGGAAUUCUGUCCGAAAAACUUGAAGUGCCAGUUGAUGUCCUUAAAAAACGUUGGAAAGUUCUGCGGGACUGCUUUGUGAGGAAUAUUGUUAAAAUACCGAAGUCUGAAUUGGAAAAUUCAUCAGACCCACUGAAUUACGAACCAUACGUCAAUUGGCCACUAUUCGGCUCGUUGUUGUUUCUGAAAGAUCAUAUAAGUCACCAUAAACCCAGCGCUUGGCAACAACUGCUUGCAGAAAAUGAGCAGAACGAUAUUAGUUUGGAUGACUUUUCGUCGGAACAACUGGAAACAUCAACGACCUUCAAUCGGUGCCCGGAUGAAGAUGAUUAUUUCGUGUCGAGUCUAUUGUCCCAUUUGAGACGAAUCGACCCUUCAAAGAAGCUACUUUGUCGAAUGGAAAUUCAAAGGGUGGUCAACGAGUAUGCCUAUGGGCAUUCCCGGCUUCCUCAGAAGCAUUUGGAUCUGGAAGGUUUAGUCCGAGAAUCUUGCGAGGGCUUGAGCGAAGAAUAUUUAACCGAGGAGAUCAACCCUUCGCAGAUGUGAUAGGCAUACUUCAUUUUGAAGAUACAUAAAGAUUUAAGGAAGACUAAAAACAAACCUUACUUCAAAGUUUAGCACCCGAAUAAACCCUUGUUCAAAGUUCUGUUAAAGCAACAUAUUUUACUACUCAUCAUUAUCAGUCGUAAUUAAACCUAACUAUCAACAUUGUUAGCAAAUAAAAUGGAUCAAUAGACUGAAGUUAAGAAAUGUCAACAAUUACAAGGUUGUUUAAUAACUAUAUUCAACACUCGUGUGUUUGAAUUCAAAUUUUUGUAUGUAAAUAAAACGAAAUAAAAAUUA